GUUGUUCGUCUUCAAUGAUGACUUUUCUACACAUGUUGUGGCCAGGCUAAGGAUGUUUUCCCUGCGCAUAGUAUCAGUCGACCACUAUCAGGGGACGCCCAUCAAUGGUCUCGACCCCCAGUACUCUAAUUUCCGAGGCGCUCCUAUAAAACGCCUUCCAGUUUUACGUAUCUUCGGUGCCACUCCCACAGGACAAAAAACCUGUCUACACAUCCAUGGAGUUUUUCCGUACAUUCUGGUCCCGUACGAUGGAUCGGAGCCGCUCACCCGCCUUCCCUAUACCCUGGCCGCUGGCGUGGACAGGGCCAUCAACAUCGCCCAGGGCCAUGCCACCUCCAACGCGCAGCACGUUUAUAAAGUCACGCCAGUCUCGGGGAUACCGUUCUAUGGCUAUCAUUCCAAGGAGCACCAGUUUCUCAAGAUCUUUUUCUAUAAUCCUCUUAUUGUGAAAAAGGCCGCAGAGCUUCUCCAGAACGGGGUCAUCAACAACAAGGUGUACCAACCACACGAGUCUCAUGUACCGUAUGUGUUGCAGUUCCUAAUGGACCAUAAUCUACACGGCAUGAACAUGAUCCAUCUGGCAACCUGCAGGUUCAGAAGGUCACAAGGUACUGAAGGAUUAGAGGAACACGCGGCCCCUUCCCCUGCUGGUGCAUCGGGAGAAACAGCCACCGCGCCGUCAUCGCAAGGCCCAGCCGGCAUCAACACCUCCUUGCGGCCGAGCACCACGGUAUGGACGAGAGAGAGUGUACCGCAGCACCUGUGGUUGCCCGAAAUAGUCUCCAGAACGGCCACAAGUGAGCUAGAGGUGGACGGCUUAUCUUCGGACAUCCUCAAUAGACUGCAGAUUGGAAGCGGAACGGCGACGAAUCCCGGGCUGUCGUAUAUCUGGGAGGACGAGAUGGAGAGGCGUCGAGAGCGCGGGGGUUCUGAAGAUGACCUCAAGCCGCCCAGUUCCCCCCCCAGGACCAACGUCACGGCCUCAGACUCGGAGCUCUUCUAUAGGUCCAUAAUGAAGGAGAAAGUCACCGCUGUGUUGAAAAAUAUGUCGCCCGAGCCCAGUCAAGAACCGCUGCCUGGCGUGUCUCUGGCGGCCGUCACCCCCGACGACUCUACCCUCGGCCCGGCCACCGCUCCCGAAGCCAUCGCUGAGGCUGAGGUGUCGAUGGUAGAGGAAGCAGACAUCGGAGCACGGCAGAUGACGGACGAAGCUUUAGAAACCUCCCACGUUGACGAGGAACUUAUACUGAGUCUCACGCAGCAAACGGCGUCCCAGUGGAUGGAUUCAGCGGACGAGGAAUUGCUAAACGUGAUGGCGGGUUUGGCCGAUGGUUCGCAGUUGGUGUCCCCGGAAGAAUGCGACGCGGUCCUUUCUACCCAACGGUCCUCGGGUCUGUCUACGAUGACCCCAAGCCAGAACCCAGCCCAGGGUGAUGACGAGGAGGAUGACACAGAGGAGAUGACUCAGCGAAUAUGGGACUCCUUACUGCCCGUCGACGAAGAAGAGAAAAGAGACAGAGAGGAGAAGCCAGAGAAUCCACCAGGGGGCCAGAAUGUAAAGAAGAAAGACGACGGCGACUGUGAAGAUAUGGAAGGUCAACCAUCAUUCCUGCUGCCUCAACUGGAUGGUCCCGCUGACCAUCACCACAAGUAUACGCCUUCUGUAAGGACUAAGAAUAUUGUUGUGGGAGAAACCUUUGUGCCUUUUGGUAGUGCCCAGACCUCAAAACACAACGCUGUGAUAUUGGAAAAAGCGCAACACAGAGUGGCGAAGCCGCCUCCCCGUACUGUGUCUCGGAGGUCGGCGUCGCACGGUAUGGCCAGAACUAAGUGUGGUGCGGGCGAGACAGUGAUAGAGUAUAGUUAUAGCGAUAGCGAUUAUAGCGACGCGGAAGACUUUGUCAUCCCGCAGUUUGACGGAGCGAACGACAUCAUUUCGCGCAAGGGCAGACGGCAGCAGGCGUCUCGCGGUAAACCCAACGCCACGCCCCAACGGCAGAGUGAUCACAACGGUCGCUCCGCCCCGGUCAACACGCGCGACGUCAUCCGGGAGAAUAUAUUAAAAAAGAAGAGGGGACGCGAGGGGUCCCGGGCGCCUCAACACCAAGGCCUCUAUGCAACCUCGCCCUCCGUGCCUUACUCAACAGCUUCCCAGGGUCCAGUGCCUUCAUCACUCAACAGUGUACCUGGUAAUUCUUCAUCCUCUCUUCCCUCUGACUUAAAUAUUGACGGGAUGCUCCAGCUGCCGGACUUCAUGGAUAUAUCUUCCCGCAUGACAGACCAGAGUUGUGGUAGUGCUUCGCAGAGUAACACUUAUUCACAGACUAUGAACAAGUCUUCCAGAGGGAGUAGAAAGGCCGUCGAUCAGCCCCCCGUGUCGGGAACCAUGAACAUCACUCCCCUGCCGAACAUCGGGAUGAAUCGGAUGGUUCCCGGCAUCGGGAAUGCCCUCGUGGUGCCGGCGCUCAUUACAAAUUCCAGAGUGAACGUCAGCGGCCUCGACAGUUCCCAGAUGGUACUGCCGCAUAAUUACCUCCAACAACAACACGGGAACCUCGGCGCGAGAGAGUCUCCGGUGCCUGCGGGUAACGGCCAGCAACCCUCUGGCCUCGUGAUGGUGCCCCGGGCGUCGUCCCCUCAUGACGCGGGCUCCUCUCAGCUGGGGUUACACAGAACGCCGAAUCCUCGAGGACAAGGCGGACGCAAUUCGGCGUCGUCGCAAUCUCACCUCCGUCAACCGGGCGUAAAUCCACGCAAUAGUAAUCAACGGCAAAAUUAUCAUCAGAUACCUAGUCAGAGUCACAAAGGAAGUCGGAGACACUACCCCGCCGACCCCCCCAUCGGCUCCCCCCAGCACCCGGUGACGUCGAGUAGAAGCGGUAAAUACGUCAACGCCGGGUCUCAACAGGCGGCAGAACGCGGCACUCAAGAGACCGUGCCGGGUGUCUCCGGGCCGGCGAAGACAAUGCUGCGACAAAACUCGGAACAGUCGGCGUAUUCGCCAAUAUCCGACGAGUCUGACGCGGACGUGCCAAACACCUGUAGUGGUAGAAAAUUAGCGGGAAACGGCGAUGCGACGGCCGGCGAUUCUACGGGUAGUGAACCCGCACACAAGGAGGACAUCCUCAAGCAAGCGUUCGACAUGAUCCUCUUCGACGGCAUCGACAUCGAGGUCGAGCCAAUGGACGCCGCCGAUGGCAGCUUGCAGAGUGAACCCAACAAUGCGUCGGAGGAUAGUGCACCAAUGCAGCGGUCGCCCCGUCUGUGCCCGGACGACGGCGACUUUGGCCGUGAGAACGUAGUACAAGUCCGUGACAGUUACGAAGCCGAAAGUGUCGCGUACGAGGAGACGUCGACGAGAGACGACGCUGGGGAAAGAGGUGCCACAGAUGGGAGUUACUGGGAUCAGGACCCAGCAGCCAACACGGCCCUAAAGGAGACCUCUGAUGGAUCAAGUACAAAACUCAACAGGAAGGACAAAAGGGAGAAAAUCCACAACAAACACAAAAAUUUAAGAUCUGAGGCGCAACACGAAGCAUUAACCAGCGAGACAAAAGUUGGACCAAAACAGGUAAGUGGCUCUAGUUCAGGUACUCAGUCAUCAAGAAAUAAUUCGGGCAGAUCAACGAGCACUUACCAGUCGAGGGCCUCGUCGUUUGUGAGAGGCGGUGAGGUGCGCAGCGCCCCUCAGAGAACGGCCCACAGGCAUGAUGGAGGGGUCCCGGACGCCCCCCCGCCCAGAAGAAGUGCCCGUGCCGAUGCCACGGAGACUGACCCCUUCGACGUCGACUACGAUCUCACCCCCCACACUCCCGGAAGCUUUCUGCCGGCUCACGACCGGUCUCCUAGUCCGGCCCCGGCACCGAGACCUCCACGGCCGGGCAUGUCGGCCACUACCAAGGCGGUGCAUCCCUCCGUACAGCGGAGAAAAUUAUCCGACGUGGACAACUCGGACUGGUACCACGACCUCGAUUGUCCGCCGACCCCGGGGAAUCCACUGAAGGAAUCGUGGCGCGUACAAGAAGAGGCUUCCACCUCAAGUGGUGGGAAAAAGGAAGCCAAGAGCAGCAACUCCAAGCACAGCGCGAGUAAACCUUCCCCGUCAUCCAGCGACACUAGUCAGGCGACCGACGGCAGUUCCGGAAGUUCCAAAAAGAAAUCUCGCAAGAAAAUUGCCAUACUGUUUGGCUCUUUCUCUCCUCCGGCAUCGCCCGUCGAACCCGUGGUAGACAAGAUGAAAUCUCUGGCCGUGGAGCCGACGGGCGACAGCUUCGACUCUGACUACGAAAAUAAUACUCCCGAUCGUCCCCAGACUCCCGGCCGAGAGGUCGGCGGCGAUCACUCCUUUAAUACUCCUCCCAAAGAUGGGUCACAAAUACACAAUAAAAAGCAGCGGGUCCACGACUGUUUCUUUGACUUUGACCUGAACAGUCCCCCCGAGAGACCCGUUACUCCGGGGGGCAGUCACCAAGUGCAAGAUAUUCUCUCUGGUGAGCAGCGCAGUAGACCCAUGUAUCAGCAGUUUGAGUCGGUGUUUGACACAGACUUCAUGCCCCACACACCACUGGAGCGACCCAGAACCCCGGGCGGCGGUUCCUCGACCUCCACGCCCCAGACUUCAGACAAGGAGUCGCCCCACUCGUCGGGGAUGGGUCGACUGCCUCGGCCCGAGGACACGACGGGCAGUUCUCUGUUGUUGCCGAGACCCGCUUACUCCUCCCGGACGCCGGAGACCGGGUCGGGCGGAGAGUGCGCGUCGCCCGCCGGAGAUCACCGGACCUGGAGAGAGACGUCCAGAAACAGAACAUUAACCUCCCAACACAAAACAGAGAGAGAUAAAGGUGGUGUGAGUGGCAGAGACUCCUUUAAUAGUAAAAGAGGUUUAUCAUCCACUGAAUUAAACCAAAGACAAAAUGAAAAGUACAAAAAGGAAGUAAAUAGACCAAAGGAAGGUCUUAGAAACGUUCACUCGUCUCCGUCUCCCGGAGAAGCUCCUGCCUUGCACAGUCAGGCGAGGUUGAAGCUCGGAGAUCAUAGAAGUGAUGCGAAGGAUCCAGCAGACCGCGAGGCUCUGGUCAGAAGUCAAUUUGGAACAAAGAACCAAGGUAGAAGACCGAAGUGCGAUAGGAGAGUAGAACAGACGGCCCACAGAGAUGUUCCCCACAGCCAGGCAACACACAGGGUUGUUCCCCACAGCCAGGCAGCCCACAGAGAUGUUCCCCACAACCAAGCAGCCCACAGAGAUGUUCCCCACAGCCAGGCAACACACAGGGUUGUUCCCCACAGCCAGGCAACCCACAGAGAUGGUCCCCACAGCCAGGCAACACACAGGGUUGUUCCCCACAGCCAGCAGCCCACAGAGAUGUUCCCCACAACCAAGCAGCCCACAGAGAUGUUUCCCACAGCCAGGCAGCCCACAGAGAUGUUCCCCACAGUCAGGCAGCCCACAGAGAUGUUCCCCACAGCCAGGCAGCCCACAGAGAUGUUCCCCACAGCCAGGCAACACACAGGGAUGGUCCCCACAGCCAGGCAACACACAGGGAUGGUCCCCACAGCCAGGCAACACACAGGGAUGGUCCCCACAGCCAGGCAACACACAGGGAUGGUCCCCACAGCCAGGCAACACACAGGGAUGGUCCCCACAGCCAGGCAACACACAGGGAUGUUCCCCACAGCCAGGCAACACACAGGGAUGGUCCUCAAGGAGACAGUACAUUGUGGAAGUCAGAGAAUGCUUAUGAGCAGAGGAGGUCUAAUGUAUCGAAGGGCUAUGGCGGGACAUAAAGACCCCGGGAGAGAGGAGUUUGGGAGAAGAACGGUUCCCACGGCUACCUCUGCACGGUCGUCUCCCGACAGAGGGCCAAAAGUAAACAAACCGUCAUACCACACACCAAGACCGGUGGGACCUCAGAGAACAGGGGUCAACAGGCUGCCAUGUCAACCUCCCAGACCAGAUACCAUGUACCCUAAGACCGACAACGUGCAAUCGACGUCUCAGCCCGGCAGUCGUCACCAGUCACCAAACAGGAACAGAUUACCGGCAGAAGGUCGGUCUCAAUCACUGCCGAGAAACAGAUCCCAAAUGUCUCCCGGAAACCGAGGCAACCAGUACGGCAGUCAAGGCUAUCAACAACAUAGAAGUGGCAAUCAUUCUUCAGUUGGAAAUCAGUCUCAAUCUUCGCCCAAAAGUCGGCCACAGUUUUCGACCAGAAACCGACCGCAGUCCUCGCCGGGAAAUCGAGCUCAGACUUCCCCCAGCUACCAACCACAUCAAUCUCAUCUAGAUAAUCAGUCUCAGUCUUCACAUGAAAAUCAGCAUAAUGCCUCCUCAGGAAACAGACCGCAGCAGCCGCCUCAUGACGACAGGUUGCGGUCGCUUCACGGUGCAAGAUCCCAGCAGUCGUCGUCGGGGAAAUACCCACACAGUAGCGGCGUCUCUAACUCGGGGGAACAGAGACCUCAUAAGGCCGAGAGUCACCCUCUGUAUCCACCAAGAAACAGACCUCAAUUCCAACAAUCAAAUCAAAGUAAUUCUCAGUCAGAAAAGUGGCCCCCCCCACCGGGAGGUCAGUCGAGACCGUCCGGGGUCCCGAGCCAAGGGAGGUACUCGAGGCCUUUUGGAAACAGGUCGGCCGAUCAACGCAAAUUUCCACCGGAACAACAAGCCUUAAGACAGAAAACUUUGAAGUCCAUUCCCACUUUAGAAUCCACCUUCUGUAAAGGCAGAGGCAGCGAGGAGACGCGUACCAACGAAGAUUCUCGAGGGCCGUCAAAUUUUGGGAGAGCAGAAGAACCCAAGAAAAUGAACAAGAAAUUUGAGUUGAAGAAUCCAGCGGCGAACAGACGACGAGAGAAUUAUGAAGACGACUUGGACUUCCCCCUGAUGGACACGUCCUUACCUCUAAUGAGUCCGAUGCCGUGCACCCCCGCUGCCCACCGCGAUGACCCGUGCCCCAUGUCAGACAACAGUGCCAUGACUCUGCCCACUUUGGAUACAAUACAGCCGCCUAUGAGUCCCAUGGCCCCUACCCCACGUCACCAGUCGCAGGAGGACGUCACGCCCCGGUUACAACCUCUCAGUCCGGUCGAACCGUCUGUCAGUCUGUCGGGAUCCAUAACUCCAUCCAGUUCGUCAUUCAUGUUGCCCUCGGCUCCCGGGCCCAUGAUGAGUCCCAUCCCUCCCACUCCGGGACGAGAGACGUCUCCGUGUCUGGUGAGUCCCAUGCCCGUGUUUCCCUCAAUAGGGCCGAUGGUCAGUCCACUUGCCAACACUCCAACACACAGUAUGGGAGAGAGCUUCUCAAUGAUGGGGAGCCUGUUGAGUCCCAUGCCCGCCACGCCUCUAGGAAUGACCGACGCCGAAGACCAUCCGCAGUCGUCUCACGAGAGUCGGUACCGCAGGCUUCGGGAGGCUACCGACCACUUCUCCGUGGGCCCCGUCAUGAGUCCCAUGCCACAGACGCCGGCUCACGUGCCUCAGAUGCCACCGGCGCAGCUCCCUAAGAGUCUGGGAAGUAAUUUAAGACAGACUUCUGUCGAACCGGCCAAAAGUCCGAUCCCUCCAGAGCCCGAAUAUUGUGAGGCCGACGAUUUCCCUCGGCAUCCGGUGUGGAGUCCCAUGCCGGUGUAUCCUUCGGUAGGACCCCUCGUUAGUCCCAUGCCGCAGACGCCUCGACACGCAGGAAACGAGAACGAGGAAAACGGGGGAAUGAGUCCUCUUCCUGCAUUACCCUCUGCUCCCGGUCCCCUGAUGAGCCCGUUGCCUCAGACGCCGUCGUACUUGUCCAAGUCUUAUGCUCAACAGUCCACUCUGGUUUACAUGCCCUUCACGCCUAAUGCUCACACCCCUCAGACGCCAACACACACACCACAGACGCCCCUUCACUUUCCUCAUACUCCCUCCCAACCUUCUUACACACCAGGACACACUUCUCAAACUCCAGCAAACGUCAGUCAGCCACAGACUCCCGUGACGCCGCCCUUAGCUUCUUUGACGCCGCUGCCGGCACCUCUGACGCCUAUACAGACGCCUCUUCAGAACCCCUUUACUCCUCUACCUCCUCCUCUGACGCCAAUACAGUCUCACUUGACUCCCCGCCAAGACUAUCAACCUCCUCAAGCCUUAACACACACUGAGAAGCCUCACUCUCCCACGGACUCUACUUCUCUAGCGAGUCCCCUCAACGACGCGAGUUAUGACGGAGGAGCGUACAGCCCCAUGCCGGUGUUACCGUCGGUUCCCGGGCCUCUGAUGAGCCCCAUGCCACAGACGCCACAACACGCGCCUCACAGCCCGUGUCCGAGUCUUUCUUCGGGAAUGACCGCCUCGGUUGUUUCCGGCCUGACGAACGAGCCGGUCUCGCCCGAAGCUAAAACUCCCGCAGGCAAAUUACAGCCCUUUGGUGACAGCGGCCCCUCUUUUAGUCCUGCGUCUCCAACGGUCCUUUCAGACGUAGAGACUCCCGUCGUCUCGUCCGCCGUCGAGUUUUCGGCCGAAACAGCGCCAAGUAUGGCCGACGACCCAGUGGCCAGCGUUUCUAGUAAUGGUAAUGCCGUUUCCUCUCCCUCCAUGUUCUGUCCACACGUCAGUGAUUCAGAGAUUAAGGCAGUUGAUUCACCAAUUCUUCAGAGUCAUUAUGACCACACUAAGCCCCAACACAGUAUAUUUAGUCCACUAUCACAGAUGUCUGAUGGGAUGGGUCUUCAAUCCAGCCCCCAGUUGCCUGCAAGUGUUGACUCACAUUCCAGCCCCAUGCAUCAGUCACACAUGUCAGAUAGUGUUGGUCCCCAUCCCAGUCCUGUGGGACAUAGCCAGAUAUCAACUGGUGUUGGUCCCCAUCCCAGUCCUGUGGGACAUAGCCAGAUAUCAACUGGUGUUGGUCCCCAUCCCAGUCCUGUGGGACAUAGCCAGAUAUCAACUGGUGUUGGUCCCCAUCCCAGUCCUGUGGGACAUAGCCAGAUAUCAACUGGUGUUGGUCCCCAUCCCAGUCCUGUGGGACAUAGCCAGAUAUCAACUGGUGUUGGUCCCCAUCCCAGUCCUGUGGGACAUAGCCAGAUAUCAACUGGUGUUGGUCCCCAUCCCAGUCCUGUGGGACAUAGCCAGAUAUCAACUGGUGUUGGUCCCCAUCCCAGUCCUGUGGGACAUAGCCAGAUAUCAACUGGUGUUGGUCCCCAUCCCAGUCCUGUGGGACAUAGCCAGAUAUCAACUGGUGUUGGUCCCCAUCCCAGUCCUGUGGGACAUAGCCAGAUAUCAACUGGUGUUGGUCCCCAUCCCAGUCAGCCUCAGAUGUUCUCAAGUUCUGGGUCACAUGCCAGCCCUCUGGGACAAGCCCAAGUGUCAGCAGGUAUUGGUUUCCACCCCAGUCCCAUAUCUCAGUCCCAGAUGUCUUCAUGCUCUGGUUCACAUCUCAGCCCAGGUCCUCAUCCCCAGCUGGGUGUAGGUGCUGGUCCUCACUCCAGCCCAGUUGUACCUGCAGUUGUGUGUCCUCAACCCAGUCCAGUGCCCCAGUUAUCUGAUGGGCCUCACUCCCAUCUGUCCGUGGGCGGUGGUGGUCUCUCCUCUCCGGCACCGCUCGCUCGGGUGGAUUUACCCGCCUGCUCUCGGGGUUUCUCCGUAGACCGGGCGACGGUUACGACGCACUCGACCGUCUCGGUGCCGGCGGUUACGACGACCGUUUCCGUCGGUCUGCCGACGUCGCGGGUAAACGCCAUUAGCAUCUUGAGCGGGAAUGACGAACCUCUGAAAGUUACCGACAGUUUUCAUCACGAGACGCUACCCAUGGUGACCGCUGUCGGUGACCCAGUCGAUAUUCUUCCUAAAUCCUCUCCCUCUGUAUGGUCACAUCUGACUCCUCUCUCACAGUCUGUUCCUGUAAACCCAACUACCAUCUCACAACUUUCCUCCACAGAAACCAUUUACUCAUUAACACCACCUAAUAAUAUUUCCACCAUGGGUAACAUCUCCAGCGGACAGCUGACGCCAUUAGUGGCGUCUCUUACGACAGAUGUCCCCGACGCCGCCGCCUUCUCCGCACGGGCGACUCAGUCUCCGAGUAUUUUGAAAGCCACUUUGUCCAGGCCAAACCGUAUGGAAUCCUCGGCCAAGACGGCGUCUCCUUGUGUCCAGUUGCAGAACUCUAUGUAUCUGAGCGGCAUGUCUCAACUUCAGCCGCAGAUGAUCCAGGCUGCGUCCACUGACUUACUUCGGCCCCGGGCCGCCCCCCCGUGUAAUAAUCAAGACGUGGCUCGGGGAAUCGCGGGCGCAGCAGCAGAACCCGCCCCCAUAUUGUUCUCGAGCGUCGGCCAACCGCUGCCGGCCGGUUCCAUCUUAGACGGGGUGCAGACCAACUUCACCCUUCCUCAGACUUCAUUUCCACAGGAAGUGACGGGUCUGCCUCAAAUGAUACUGAUGCCUCAGAUUCAUGGGCCAGUUCAGAUCAGCAUCCCACACACAAUUCCCACAACCCUCGCCGGUCAGCCGCUCUCCUUGCCUCUGGUGAUAGCACCGGUCGUUUCUCAGGCAGAUAAUCAGUCCACUCAGAAUGCGACGACGGCGGCCGCCCCAAACCUCGACGGAGCCGACCGAUGCGCCGUCACAAACCUGAUCCUCGAUGCAUCCAGAACAUCGCCCAAAAUAACCAUCCCGUUCUCACAGAGCUCGGCAGGCCCCACGGGACCCGGCGUUAUUAACACAAAUAUUGCUGGACUUGAGUAUACUGUACCUAUUACAUCUAUAGGCAAAGGUAUUGACAAUGGAGGGAGUGAAGCCCGGCCCACUUCACCGUGUGACGCGUACCAAACAAUAGCGAGAGUCGCGGUCAACGAUCCAGCGACGGGCAGCCGUGAAGGAACUUUAGAUAUGGUUCAGCAGGCUUUCCAAUCCUCCCUUCUUGAUACAACCGAAGAUUUUCAGGGGGCGGAUAAACCCGCCAACAAAAUGUUAGCGGAGAUAGUCGAGGAGUUGAGCAAUCAAGACUUCGGUUUACCUCUGGGGGAACAGACGGACGCCGCCUUGGACAUAGAAGACGGCGAGAAUCUCGACGCCCGGCAGAACGACAUUACUCUUUCGGACGGUUGCCGUACCGGCGAACCCUCCGUGAACCCCGGACUCGCGGAUUACGACGCGACGGGGACGACUCCCGCCGUGCAGAGCCGCGAACAGCCGUCGGGCGAUAACGAGGAAGAGAGCACCGAUACGCACCGGCCUUCACAGUUACCUCCGGUCUUGAUGGCCAUGGAAGCCUUGUUUGAACAGGAGAUGGAGAAGGAUGCACAGAAUGAACAAGACAGUGAAAAGAAAGAUAAGGAGAAAAGGGAUGAUGCAGCAGGAGGUGAGGAGACCACAAACUCAUCAUCAAACGUCUUGGAAAAAUUGACAAAAACUGAAGCGCUCAAAGACUCGGCCGUGGUCGACGUCGCCCGUUUACCCCACGACGGAGUGGCCCCGUCGUACUCGUCGCCCGUCUUGAAGGGCCUGUUGAGCGGGACGAGCACGUCGGAUCACAUAGCAAGGCCUUGGGGAACUCCAAACUUCUCUUCAACAAACCCCUUCUUCACCGACACUUCCAAUGACAUAACAUCGCAGACGAAAGAAACUCUGCCGGAAACAUCCGCCGCGUCCCUACUGCCGGCGGCGCUCCGGUCCCCCGUGGCUCCCUCCGGCGUGCCACAGACCUUCAAUGUGGACAAAGAGUCUCUACUCGCGUCUGUUAUUAAUUCAUCUCUGGGAGUGAGUGCAUCUCCCGGACCCACGAUGAACGUCACAAUGCCCGGUUCAUCGUCGACUGUACCAACUUCAUUUGUGAAUAUAUUCCCACCGGUGUCCUCGGUGGGAUCCACGACCCCGGUGUCUUCAUCGCCGCUCUACCCAGCGGCUGCUCUGACACACGCUUCUCCUAAAACAAAUUUGUCGCUUCUGUCGUCGCCGACGCUCUUAAACUCGGCAUCUAAAGAUGACACAAAUCUUGCAGUAUCUGGAGGUACUGGAAUGACAAGCACCACCAUGAUACCAAUCAGUGUCUCAAAUAUUAAAGUACAUGACUUGUCUGUGGAGGCGAUGGCACAGAUAGUGUCGGCAGAAACUGCACACUUACCCGAGCUGACGGAGUCGUCGGCAUAUUCUCGCGGGACGGCGACUGCCGCAUCGCCCGUGGCCGCGGAGGCGUCGGCAUCCUCGUCUUUUGGAGACGUUCGGAUCGUCGCUUCGAGUUCCGUCGUGCCCGAGUCAUUUAUGGGGUCUCGCUCGGACGUUGGUUUUACCGGAUCCACCGUGUCCCAUCUAAAGGCCACAUCACCGUUUCACACCACAUCCACUACACCGGCACCAACCCACGUCGGCGUCGCCAAUCACCCUGCGACACCGACCUCCCUGACAGCACCAAACACGACUCCAACAACCAUCAGCACUUGUGUCUCACCAGUACACACCCUGUCACCCUCGGGUCUGGCAUCGCAGGGUAAUUCCAACAGUUAUGUCCAGAAUGACACCCUCUGUUACAGCCAGUCCAACAGUUAUGUCCAGAAUGACACCCUCUGUUACAGCCAGUCCAACAGUUAUGUCCAGAAUGACACCCUCUGUUACAGCCAGUCCAACAGUUAUGUCCAGAAUGACACCAUCUGUUACAGCCAGUCCAACAGUUAUGUCCAGAAUGACACCAUCUGUUACAGCCAGUCCAACAGUUAUGUCCAGAAUGACACCAUCUGUUACAGCCAGUCCAACAGUUAUGUCCAGAAUGACACCCUCUGUUACAGUCAGUCCAACAGUUAUGUCCAGAAUGACACCAUCUGUUACAGUCAGUCCAACAGUUAUGUCCAGAAUGACACCAUCUGUUACAGCCAGUCCAACAGUUUUGUCCAGAAUGACACCAUCUCUUACAGUCAGUCCAACAGUUAUGUCCAGAAUGACACCAUCUGUUACAGCCAGUCCAACAGUUUUGUCUGGGAUGUCACCUCCUGUAACAGUCACAUCUGGGGUUACAAUAGGUGUUGUGAUGACUCCAGCUCUCAUGUCCAAAAUGUUACCAUCUGUAACAGUUUCACCAACAGUCAUGUCAAGGAUGUCAUCGUCUGUUACAGUCAGCCCAACAGUCAUGUCAAGGAUGUCAUCGUCUGUUACAGUGAGCCCAACAGUCAUGUCAAGGAUGUCACCAUCUGCUACAGUUUCACCAACAGUCAUGUCAAGGAUGUCACCAUCUGCUACAGUUUCACCAACAGUCAUGUCAAGGAUGUCACCAUCUGCUACAGUUUCACCAACAGUCAUGUCAAGGAUGUCACCAUCUGCUACAGUUUCACCAACAGUCAUGUCAAGGAUGUCACCAUCUGCUACAGUUUCACCAACAGUCAUGUCACCGUCUGUCAUGGCCACUGUGAUUCCCGUAGUCACAACAACAAAUGCCUCUGGAGUCACUCCUCAGUGUUUUACCGUGUCUGGUACAACACAGCCUCAUGCCACAGUCAGCUGCUGCAGCACCCCAGGUGUCACACAGCAGCCUCAUGCCACAGUCAGCUGCUGCAGCACCUCAGGUGUCACACCAUAGCAGCCUCAUGCCACAGUCAGCUGCUGCAGCAACCCAGGUGUCACACAGCAGCCUCAUGCCACAGUCAGCUGCUGCAGCACCUCAGGUGUCACACCACAGCAGCCUCAUGCCACAGUCAGCUGCUGCGGCACCCAGGUGUCACACAGCAGCCUCAUGCCACAGUGCUGCUGCAGCACCCCAGGUGUCACACAGCAGCCUCAUGCCAGGUGUCACACAGCAGCCUCAUGCCACAGUCAGCUGCUGCACAGGUGUCACAGCAGCCUCAUGCCACAGUCAGCUGCUGCAGCACCCAGGUGUCACACAGCAGCCUCAUGCCAUCAGCUGCUGCAGCACCUCAGGUGUCACACCACAGCAGCCUCAUGCCACAGUCAGCUGCUGCAGCACCUCAGGUGUCACACCACAGCAGCCUCAUGCUACAGUUAGCUGCUGCAGCACCCCAGGUGUCACACAGCAGCCUCAUGCCACAGUCAGCUGCUGCAGCACCCCAGGUGUCACACAGCAACCUCAUGCCACAGUCAGUUGCUGCAGCACCCCAGGUGUCACACAGCAGCCUCAUGUCACAGUCAGCUGCUGCAGCAACCCAGGUGUCACACAGCAGCCUCAUGCCACAGUCAGCUGCUGCAGCACCCCAGGUGUCACACAGCAGCCUCAUGCCACAGUUAGCUGCUGCAGCACCCCAGGUGUCACACAGCAGCCUCAUGUCGCAGUCAGCUGCUGCAGCACCCCAGGUGUCACACAGCAGCCUCAUGCAACAGUCAGCUGCUGCAGCACCCCAGGUGUCACACAGCAGCCUCAUGCCACAGUCAGUUGCUGCAGCACCCCUGGUGUCACACAGCAGCCUCAUGCCACAGUCAGCUGCUGCAGCACCUGAGUUGGACAGAAGUGGUCCGAUUGAACGUCCACCACAGCAGACCCCACACAGGAUACCUCAUUUCAAGAAGCAGUUGAUUUCCUGGAGAAAAAACACUGCACAUUUUUCAGAAGAUUCUGAUAUAGAGAAAGAUUCCAAGGCAGCCAGUCAUGAUGUAAAGACUGAUCAGGGAGUCAUGGGAAGUAGCAGUCCAGACGUUUCUUCAAAUCCCCAGCCCAACAGGUUUGAGGCUUAUCCGCCUGUGUCUAGCUCCGGAAGCUACCAGUCAGUAUUAAUACCCCGUCCUGGAGCUUUUGAACACUCCGGGUUGUCAGCGAUGAGAAUGGUCGUAGCCGUGCCGCCGACUGUACUCGUCACACAGGCCAGGGGCUUGCAGGCCGACACCGUGGGUCCCAGCCCCGUGUCCGACAACGACACGCAGUCCGUGGACUCUCUCGGAUCCAUCGGGGUUGAGUUACAACAUCCGCUGUCCAGCCGACUAUCAUCUGGCGGCGAUUUAGACGCUCGACUGCCUCCGACCCCGGUGGGCCACAUUCGACGAAUCAGAGAAUCUCCGUCACUGUCGAGUAAUUCAAAGAGUAGAGCAGAUUGGUCAUCGACGGAGAGUACUCCCAACAACUUCAAAGUUCCUACAUCUUCACCAUACCUGGACCUACAGACUCAGCAGACAUCUCCAUUAUCUUUAGUGAUUCAAAAAGCCGGCACGAGCAGCACCGGUAGUCUGUCCGCUGCUAUUAACGAGAGUCUCAUGAAGAAGUCUGGCGUUCACUCCGAUGGCCAGGUGUUUCGCGACUCUUCUCUACAGCACCUGUCUCACCAUUACCCGUUUUCUCUUCCCGUGCCGAUUCAGGAAGUGUCCGCGCGAGACGAACGCGUUCCUUUCCGUAAGAGAUCGAUCACAAUAACCACCGAGGAUUCCACGGACUCGGACGUGCAGUACCAGGGAACGUCCACUCCGUCACAAGCCGCUUCUUGUCUGAGAGGAACCUCCGGCUCGGCGGCGACCAAAACCUGCGGCGCGAGUCCUCCCGCCGAGGAACGGGGGCUGCAGACGAUGGCUCCGCCGAGCACGCCGGGCGUCGCCUCUCUUCCGACACACCUCAUGAACUACCCGCUUUAUCCUAUUAAACACAGACAAGAGAUUGGAGGCAGAGCCGGCGAGCAUCAGGCGUAUAAAGAUCGUCCCUUCUUGAGAGAGGCCGGGUUGCCUCCGUCCAAAGUGGGGCCUCCGCCUCUCAUGACCUCUACGGAAGUUAGCCAUCAGCAUUCUGUUUCGUACGUGACACAGUCUAACCCCAGGUCUCAUUUACCCAUGAAUGAAGAGUCUUCCCAGAAUGUUGGUAAGGAGGAUGAUGGCCGCCGCUUCUGGAGGUUCCCCACCCAAGAACUGAGGGAAAUGCCUCGGGAAAUUGGUCUACUGGCUCACAUGAGCAGACAAGUACCGUCGGAGAUGAGGAGGUGGCCGCCGGAAGUGCAGAACCAAAUAGUUGCACACAUUAGAGCGAGUCAGAAUCUGAGCCACAUGUACCAUCCUCACAUGAACCAGUUCUUGCUACGAGGACGAUUCCCACAGUCGCCUCUGUUGGAUCGUCUGCAGAGACAUCCACCGGACUAUCCGUCGGCACAGUACUACCAGCAGUGCCACGGUGUACCCGAGAGACACACGGUGUUAAGUGCCGACAACACCGUUAAGAAAGAUAUAGAUAAAGAACAUAAACAAUGCCAGGAGAAUUCCCCGGACGACAGUCUCAUCGUGGUGGACGACUCGCCCGAUCCCGUUCUGGACGACGCCCCAGAUCCGGUCUUCCCGCAGGCCGAGAUCAACAUUCCUCCGCUGUCGGAAUCCGUGUCGUCGGGACCCGGCAACAUUCCGGCGGUGUCGGAAAGUUCUAGUUUGGAAGGCUUGGGAGAGUCGUUACAGCACCAUGUUUCUUCCCAGAAGCUUUUGAGCGACGGCAAGUCAAAGAUUUCAGCGCUGCUCGUCCCUGCAGUUAGCCCUGGGCUGACAGAAGCGCCGCCUCACACUCCCGAGUUAGGGCCCGCUCAGCCCCCACCGGACUCGGCCGUCGUCGGGUCCGGUACUCUCGCUGUGGCCGCUACUACGGAGAGUGGUGGCAGUUCGUUGAGCGGCACGGUGUGUAGCGCAGCAGAUAAUGGCAUCAGUAGUACUUCUAAUAACACGGCAAAUACGUACGGCGGGAGUGGCGUUGUCGAGUCCGGUCCGCAGAAUGACGACCUGGACUUCCCCCCAGAUAACACUCAACCUUUAGCAGAAGACCAGAGCGACGGGGCUCGUCCCGAACAGGCCGGCAAGCUCGGCAAAUUUCUCAUGAGAGUUAACCGAGGCUCCGUGGACCAUUCCCGGGCCGAGGCGAGCACUCCUCUCAGCGUGAUCGGCGUAGGAGACGACACCGCUGGUGUCGUCGAAGAUGCCCCGCCGUCCAGUAGAGAGGAGCCGGAGUCGAGCGUCAGACAACACUCCCACGGACUAAAGGAGCCAAACUUUGAAGUGAGUCUCUCGGAAACUCAGCUCAGCGACCUGCGGAACAUCCACCAGUUCCAACAAGAUGCGGAUCGUCAGUUUAGUCGCGGGUUCAAGAAGAGCAUCACGGAAAAGUUUGAGGACGACAACGCCACGAGCGAAGUCGACACGGUGCCGCCGAAGGAGGACUGCAUCUCGAGGGGCGCUCAGAACAAGAAGACCACCGCCACGAGUUCACCGGCAGACAAGACCACGUCUUCCGACCAUCUCGGCGAGACGCUCUCGAUACUCAAAGUCAUGGCGGGAAGCUCAAAAGAUCAAAGUCUCUUAGAUGUGCUGGAAGAUAAGGCGAAGGAUGCUGAAGAUAACAGACUAGCCAAGGGGAGCGAUUCAACCUUAGACAAACCAUUUACCGAAGCCGUUGGGGGCUGCGAAAUAACCGGGCCAUCGUCUCUUAACUUCCUCUCCUCCAAAGGCCACUUGCUGCCGCCCCAAGACGACAGUGACGCCGACUCGGUGCGGACCGUUCACGACUCCAGGAUCAUCGGACGACGGAGCAGUUCGUCGAGCCAGUCCAGCAACUCCUCGGGGUUUUCCGGUAACUCCCCGCCUCCGUUCUCUCCCCCGAGAUCCGUCGGCCUAGAUUCCUCGGACGAAGAAGAAGAGGAGAUCCGACGACCACCUUCACCAAUAGAUACGGGCGAGAAAGAUUUAGUGUCUGCUUCAUGUCUGGAACCUUUAAAGAGCAGUUUUUUACCUUCAGAGAGAGAGGUCGCCACCACGGAGACAGAGAGGGAGGUCGCUGCCACGGAGACAGAGAGAGAGGUCGCUGCCACGGAGAAGCUAACGUGCGAGGACGGCACACAACGACCGCGUCUUCCCUGCCGGCAAGAUUUACCCAACUCUCCACCUGAGGGAGAAGAAACAUUGUUCAAUUGUUCAGAGGAGAAUCUUUGCUCCUCCUCUAGACGAGAUCCCGCGACACCCGCGCAAGGUCCUGCGUCUCGGGAGGAACCCCCCACCGGCGACGACUGUCGGUCGCCAUCGCCUGUGUCGGUGCAGGGACCUGACACACCUCCACACUCAAAUAUAAUCCCAGAGCAGUGUCUAGCCUCACAGAGUAGCCAGUCACCCAGGGUAGGAUCGUUAAGUCGACCCGGUCAGGAUGAGGCUCUUACCCGAGGUGCUCUGCCCGGGCGGGAGACGGACUCGCAUCCCGUGAAAGACGUAGAAUCUGCCGUGGGUAAAAACACGCCGGACCACAGUGACCAGGAGAUACCGAAGCUGGUGCUGAAGCUGCCCACAAAGGGAGCACUUAAAGCAUUUACUGAGGACUUGCUUCCUAAGAUGUCCCGGGAGAAGACUCGUCCGGUUGCACUCGACACUCCCGACAGCAGUUCUGAGGUCACUUCGACGACGCCGGACAAUCCCGUCUUGGCCGUGACCCUCAAGAAGGGACGUGGAAGGCCCAAAAGUUCGCCCCAGAGAAAACCUCAACGUAGACAGGCGCCGCAGGUCCGAUCAAAUACUGUAAAGAAAAAUUUAGGCAGAGGAACCAGGAAGGGCAAGUUGUUUAAUGAUUACUUACUCCAGGAUAGUGUCCCUGGUGAGAUGUCUUCAAGAGAUGAUUAUCUCUCUGACAAAACUGAACCAGUCAGAGUAACACCUCUACUACCUGCGGCCUCUGAGGUGGUUCCCGAGGCGCAGGUUACGCGUAGAGGGAGGAGACGAGCUUGUGCUAAUGUAUCCUCCUAUGCCGAGUUCUUUGAUUCAGAUGCACCGACUCCGUUGACCCGGCCACUACCCAUUUUGGCACCGUUACCUCAGGUCAACCAGUCUUUGUUGCAGAUCAAAAGUGCAAGACCGCUGCCAGAAAUGCCAACGGACGUUUGCUUUGUGCCCCCUAGCAAGAGGCGUAGAGGACGUCCCAGGAAGAACCCCGCCGCACCCGCUGCCAAAAUUGUGCCCAAAACUUCAGUCCUUUUAAGUAAUAAUAUAGGUGAGGAUUCAGCGGUAGUCAGGGAAGGUUUGGCAUCAAGUGACCUUCCAUCAUCUGCAACGACUACCGGCGAGCAGUCGUCUCCCACAACCAGAGUCAGUGGAGGUACAGCAGUCACUGAAGAGAGAAUAAAACCUCAAGAAGCAAAGACUCCCACCCAGACAAUCCAAACUACCAAGAGACCAAGAGGGAGGCCUCCGAAGAAGUCCAAUAGUGCACAACUCUUGUCCACUUCUGACGGAAACCUCUCACAGGCGGCGGAAGACGAACAGACCGGUCGCACGACGGCGCGUGACUACGUGCAGACGACGCCACAGCCCGAACCGAGGAACAAAUUAGCUCUGGAAGCUGCGUCUCCACAACUCGUCGUCAAGGUCAACAAGGACUCCAAACUGAAGAUAACCAUCCGACGGGCGGUGGUGGAGAAGAGAGGUGCGGACUGUUUGCUCGCCGCGCCCCAGAGGAAGAAGAGGAAACUGAACCAUCCAUCCAACCCCACAGACGUACACCGGGAGGCUGGAGACAUCACCGGCACCGUGGAGAGAUGCUCCGUAUCCCCAAUAUCUAGGGAAUCUCCAGAGACUUUACCGCUUCACUGUGACCCCCACGACCCCCUGGGUAUUGACCUCGUCGAAGAUUCGCGUCUCGGACCGAAUGCCAGGAAGAACAUAUAUGAAUUCGACGACGACGUGAGCGACGAAGACGUUCCGGUCGCCCAGAGGUUGAAGAGUCUGCGUAAAAAGAACACUUCCGUGUACAGACGAGUCAGGAAGAUCGUACGGAACGCCAAGAGAACUCCUGCACACGACCCAAACUUCAGUUACUUGAAGACGCCAAAUCGAACACCCUGCCACACCCCGGUGUACUCCACUCCUUCUUACACCCCCAUGUACUCCCCCAUGUAUACUCCCGUUCACAGAAUCAACUACACGGGCCCGGGCUCAACCCCCCGUCACUUCUCUCAGGACUGCCUCAAGAUACGUCUACGCAAGAAGCCUCGCUCCGAGCAGCACGUCAUUCUCAAGAUCAAGAACCCGCAGCUCGACCAACUAACUUCAGAAACUCAACACCAGGAAGAUAUGGCAGACGCGAUAGAUAUGUCGAGAAGUUUAUAUAGAGCCACCGAAGACGACUCGUGCAGGACCAACGAGGAGAAUAAUAACAGUAAAGGCGAAGGGCGUGACGAUAGGGACGACGUGACGGCCGCGGCGUCGCCCCUCCAAGAGAGCGCUUCCUCCUCGGGUGGCGUAAACGUCCGGACAUUUGAACGCGGAAAGGUUCCACGAUCGCGUAUUGAAGUAAAUUCACCAGCGUCCGAAAUGCCCGGCGAAGCGACGGCCGAGGAUCCCCUGCGCGUCACAGAAAAGUCCUCUCACGCGACAUUAGAGAUUAACCCUCUUUCUGGGGCAGAGAAAUCGACGGCAUUAACUUCGGACGACUCGGUAUUCGUCGGCCUCGAAAAAACUUCUAAAUCAAGUUCACGAAAGUCUGCAGCACAGAGUCGGGAGAAGUCGCCAACAUCUCGAGCGCAAAGAUCUGAAGCGAGGAGUCCGGAAGAUACUCCGCAGGCACACAAGACGGCCCCGGCGGAGAACAGUUCCCCGGGUAAGCCGCUCAUUCCCACGUUAAUCAUAAAGAAGUCUCUGAUCUCGGGAUUCUCUUCCACCUUCGAGGAAACGGGCGACAGACACAAGACGCAACAGAGCUCAAGAGUCGAGAGGACGGACGACGGUUUUGUCAUUCCCCCGACGCCGGUCCACGUCAUGCUGAGGCUCAAACGGUGCAACUCUCACUGGGAACAAGAUGAAGGGUCGCGCAAUAGCGACAAGACGAGCGACUUCUGCGUAUCUCGCGGCGAAAGACAGCGAGACGACACAGAAGCCACGACCGACGGAGGAGUGACGGAGUCGGACGCGACCGACGGCGAGAGUACUGCAGCGAACGACGAGCCGGUCGCCGAGGUUCAGGUACCGCUCAAGAUCAAGAUACGUGCACCGGCGGCGAACGAAGGCUUGUCUAACGUAGAGAACAUUGACGAGGACAUUGAUAAUGGUAAACACGAGGAGAAACCGACAGACUGUUCCAAAACCUUGGUAGAACGAGAGAGUCAGAGGAAGAGGGAACAGAGUGAUAAAGCCCCGUCGGACGCUACUACUGCGUCGCGACAGCCCUCCACUCUGCCACCCGUCACGUCAACUGUAAAUUCUAGUUCGACGAACACCUCAGCACCGGUCGCAUCACCACCACACAGCCCUAACAAAUCACAACUAGAUGCACCACUACUUGAGACACCAACAAAUGCACCUCACCAUGACAAACCUUCAGUUGAUGCUCCACGGCACAAAACACCGCCGUUAGAUGAUCCACCGGCCAACUCGUUACAGAAAAACUCUUCUCCCGGCGUACCUCGGCCGUCCGUUUCCCCGGGUAACUCUCCACAAAGUUCCAGCCCGCACGAGUCGACGCCACAUCGCGUAUCGACGCAGUCUUCCUCGUCACACUCCGUCGUGACAAAGCCUCCCUCGGCGACCCGUCCUCCUCCUCCCAAUUCCACUCCGCGUUCUGCUUAUUCUUCCAGGGUGGAUUCGGUGGAACUGGAAUUGGCGGCAAUCUUAGGCUCCCCUAACAAAGGCUCAGAGAGAAUAGAGUCAUCAGACAGCAGGGCUCUGGAUGAUGCUGACUUGGAGGCUCUGUUGCUGGGGGACAAGAGCGUAAGAAGCGUCACACCGACGGUACUGCACGAAUUUCUCGAUAAACGCGACGACUCCGCCCCCGACACCUCUCCCGUCGUGGGAAGGCCGCCGCGCCCCGACGAGCAUCGACCGCCGAGUCCUCCCGGCGGCGACAACAACGAAGCGCCGGCUCCGGACACUCCGACUCCGCUAGAAGCGGCAGGCGACUCGACGGCGUCUCCACGAGAAGUGGCCUCGAAGACGUUUCUCGUACAAGAUAUAAAGUUGAAAACUCCCCCUAAAGUAAUGUUGCAAAAACUCUCACCUGAUAUUAUAUGUACAUUUAGAUCAUCUUCAGAGUCGGGCAUCCAGGCCCCCAAGAAACAGUCAAAACGACUCGUGUCGUCCACUGCGCCGCCGACCGGCAACCCCACGGCAGAAGACGUCGAGGACGGCAACGUCACCGCAUCUCCCGAGGCCACAAAGGUCGUAGAGUCCGCAAAGAAGAGAAUUCUGACGAGUCCUUCCGACGGCAAAGAGAGCAAAAAGCCUCGUAGGAGUGAGAGGAAGGUGAGAUCAGGGGAAGGGUGUACACCAGUUGAGGCAAAACUUGAGAGAAGCUGCCAGAGUGAAAAGGCUCAAGAAAGUUGUCCCUCUGACCUAGUUCCUCAGCGCCCCGUAAACCACAAGAGUGCGGAGAACAUCGAACCUCCUACACCUACAUCACGAGGGGAGUCUGUUGAUACUACCACGAGAGACGGCCGUGACGAUGCCGGUCCUGAAACUGGUUCCCGUCCCCCGAGCUGUGAUAAACGACGGAGCUCGCACGUAACGGAGACCGAGGAGGAUCCAACCUCGUCCACCAUAGUUAGCGACCCAGGAGCAGAAGCCAGAGUUGAGGGAGUCGUGAAUGCCGACGAGGGUAAACCUAAACCGACGUCCGCUUCUCCCUGUGCUGUUGACGGCCAUCGGUCUAGAAACGUCGCCGCCGGCUCGGAUGCGGCGACUGGCACAAGAGAGAACGGGGCCGACGAUUCAACUCCGAGGAAUAAAAAUUCCAGCGCCGAAACUGGCGAAGUCAACCUGAGACAGAGCAGUAGGUUACGCCAGAACGCAGACCUCAGGCGGAAUACGCGGGGAAGGAGCCGAGGCAGAGGAACGUCGAGUGUCCGAAGAUCCAGAAUCAAAUCCAUGGCCAUAAUUGAUUCUUCGAGCGAUUCGCCGGACGAGAGCUUCAACUUGUCUGCCACGAGUAAGAUGAAGAGUAAGAAGAUGGUGUUGAGCAAAGGGAGAAGAAAGGAGAGGACAAAGAAGAAGACCGCCGCAGACAAUGUCGGUCAGCGUGAUCCAGACUUGAAUAAGAAGACCGUGAAGAAUUUGAUAUUCAACAACGCAAUCUUCCAGGCCAGUGUGAAAAGAACUGUGUGUAGAAUAUUUUCCAGCGAGUCUGACAACGACGAUUGUCCGGCCGGUGACUCGAAUCAACGGCCCACGAACACUAAAAUAAGCAUGCCAACUAAGGAAGGCGAUGUGCAGGCUCCAGAAGACGUCGACGGCCUCGAGAAGAGGUCGAUGCCCGCAAGAACCACAUCGGCAGCCGGUGGAGAGGGUAAAAAUAAGAACGCCGGCAACAGUGCCUCGCCGUCCGAAGCAGGCGAGGACGGCCCGACGACAACGGAUCCCAAAGUGCCGAGAAAUAAGACAAAAUCAACGUCUUCGGCGAGCACUACGGGGAAACACGUUCCCACAUUAUGCGAGGUGGUGGACGAGGUAAACACAUCAGCUGGUAAUGAAGACACGACAAACACAAGAGAGAAGCCUUCAAAGACUCCACCUACUGCAAGACCCAGGAGGUGUGUGAGAGAGGAAAAUGAAACAAGUGAAGGUAGGAAAGAAACAAGUGAAGGUAGGAAAGAAACAAGUGAAGGUAGGAAAGAAACAAGUGAAGGUAGGAAAGAAACAAGUGAAGGUAGGAAAGAAGAAAAUGAAGAUAGGAAACGAAAUGGAAGCAAGAAACAACCCGUCCCUACAGAAAAGACGUCAGUAAACCCCGUCUCAGAGUCUUUAGAUCUCCCUGACGACAUUGAAGAGACUUUGAGGCGGCUGGAUGGUUCGUCGCCCAACACGUCCGUCGGUAGUCCUCCUCCAGUCAGCACCAGGAGUAACAGAACGUCCACAUCUGAUACCUCAAUGGAACACGGCAACUCCGGCAGUGAAGCGGAAUCGCGCAAGGGUGAGACGGAGGGAGCGAGUGUGGAUAAAUCUGUUAAAGUAUCCGACAGAGACUCGACCCCAAAGAAAGCAGAUGCUAUAGAGGACGAGAGUAAAAAGUCGCCAAGGAAUAAAGAUACGGCGGAGCCAACGGUCGCCGAGGAUCCUCUAACGCCGGGCGCGCCGAGUAGCAAAGAACGCAAACCGGCCGUCAAAAUCAGUCCAAAACAGACACGGGAGACUCAAGCUGCCGGUGAGAAAAAUUCAUCCCGCGGCGCUAAACUUCAGAACAGGGUGACGGAAGUGACCAUCACGUCCAGCGACGAAGACUCCAACAGUGCCGGUGACGUUAUUGUGUUGGACGAAGACGAUUCUUGUGACCAAGGGAAGGGCGGCAUGGGUGUGAGGGCCGGCGGUAAGAUUAAUGGCGGUGCUGGGGGUGGUCUUUCCCGGGGUGCUGUUACAGGUGCUGCCUUAGACAUUCCUCCCAGAGACGCUCCAGCGAGACACCUUCGUACGGGGAGCGGCGGGAAGGGCGGCAGCGGAGGAGACGACGGCUCCGCUCCCACGCCGGACGUCCACCACAAGUCCAUCCAGUACAGCGACGGCGUCAGCGACCACGACUCGGAGUACCGAGACUCCAUGUGGAAUAUGGCCUUCUUGACUCCCGAACGCAGAGAGAGAGACGAGAUAUCCCCCCCUCAGCCAGACUCUCCAGAAGGAUUCACGUGUGGGAGAGGCUUGCGGCCCCAACAAGUGUAUCCAACCCUCCUCACACUACAACUUGGAAGCUUUGAGAGUCCAGUACGACGAGAUCACAGUGAGUCCUCCACAAACUUAGACUCGAGCAGCGGAGGCGCCUCAGAGAACAGGACCCAUAAGAGCCGGCAGAAACCUCAGGGAUACGUAAGUGUCGGGGGAAAGUGCAACGGACGGAAGACUUCCGCCGGCGACGCAACGGAAAAACUCGUCGUGUCGCCGGAAGAUUCGACCGCCGGAAGCGACAGCGGAGAGACGGAAAUGUUGCCCGUCGAGGAAGUGGAAGUUGUUGAAGGCUUACCCCAGGUCCUCACUCCAGAUGACCAGGAGACUCAAGACCCGUUGGCCGACGCGACGCCCAGAAAUGACGACAUUUUAGAGCUUGGAGAGACUACGGGAGGGAUCGAUCUCCUCGACGCCGACGACUUCGCCCUCAUCUGUAAACGGAGGCGACCAACACUGCUUAAGGGUCUGAGCAGAGAAAUUGUGGUGAACUGCAAGUCGUCCCAAAAAAGUGUCUUUCAUCCCGCUCACCGUGGCGACGGCAGCUCUAAGAACGCCUCGUCCCCUUCAGAACGUGACGGGCUCGGCAGCGGGUCAGACGACGAUGUGGUAAAACCGAGACAGAGCUGUACUGCCAGAGAGAUGUCAACUGAUGAUGGACAAGCCUGUGAGAGACAGAGAGACUCACAGAGAAGAGGCGAACUUAGAGACAAGGUGCGGUCGUCUAGUGUAGAGAUCUUGAAGUCCCCCUUGAUAAUGCCGUCUUACCCCGAGGAGUACCUCAUGUCCACAGACUUUGAAGUGAAGGACAAACAAGAUGACGAGACUCACAGUUUCCAGGGAGAAAUCCUCACCAUGUGUAGUUCCGACGACGAAGACGACGACACCAAGUGUACGCCAAAAUCGGUCCCCUCGGCCACGGGACGGACCCAACGGCCCGACGACAGCAGCAAGCCAUCCUCUCAGCGCAUCAACGACUCCAUGGACGCCAUCGGCUUUGGGAGUAGGAGUAACAGCUGCCAUUCCCCCGACAUUGACUUCGACAUCUUGGAGGGAGAUCUCUUCGGAAACAGCCGGGAGAGUGGUAAUUCAGAGAGAGAUUCCAGCCCGUUGACAAGUCCAGACCCCAGCAGUAGCCUCGUGUCGUCCUCCUCCCGCAGCGUUGUGUUAUCUGACGACACAUCUUGGGAGUGUAUGAGAAACAUUGAGGAAUAUAUUAAUAGGACCGCUCCUAAGGUGCCAUCCUCACACUGUAGGUCUUCUCCAUCACACACUACCAGGAGUCAUGCCCAGGUGUCAGCCACAACCAUAGAUGGUGCCCAGGUGUCAGCCACAACCAUAGAUGAUGCCCAGGUGUCAGCCACAACCAUAGAUGAUGCCCAGGUGUCAGCCACAACCAUAGAUGAUGCCCAGGUGUCAGCCACAACCAUAGAUGAUGCCCAGGUGUCAGCCACAACCAUAGAUGAUGCCCAGGUGUCAGCCACAACCAUAGAAGAUGCUCAGGUGUCAGCUAAGGAGGAUACCCAGCUGUCAGCUAAUGGAGAUGCCCAGAUAUCAGCUAAAACUAAUGAUGAUGCCCAGGUGUCAGCUAAGGAAGAUGCCCAAUUGUCAUCUGAGAAAAAGGAUGAUGCCCAGGUGUUAGCUAAGGAUGAUGCCCAGGUGUCAGCUAAGACCAAAGAUGAUGCCCAGAUGUCAGCAAAGGCUAAGGAAGAUUCCCAGUUGUCAGCUAAGAACAAGGAUGAUGUCCAGGUGUCAGCUAAGACCAAGGAUGAUGCCCAGGUGUUAGCUAAGGAUGAUGCCCAGGUGUCAGCUAAGACCAAAGAUGAUGCCCAGAUGUCAGCAAAGGCUAAGGAAGAUUUCCAGGUGUCAGCGAAGAACAAGGAUGAUGUGCAGGUGUCAGCUAAGAAAAAGGAUGAUGUCCAGGUGUCAGCUAAGAACAAGGAUGAUGCCCAGGUGUCAGCUAAGAAAAAGGAUGAUGUCCAGGUGUCAGCUAAGAACAAGGAUGAUGUCCAGGUGUCAGCUAAGAACAAGGAUGAUGUCCAAGUGUCAGCUAAGACCAAGGACGAUGUCCAGGUGUCAGCUGAAAACAAGGAUGAUGCUCAAGUGUCAGCUAAGACGAAGGAUGAUGUCCAGGUGUCAGCUAAGACCAAUGAUGAUGUUCAGGUGUCAGCUAAGAACAAGGAUGAUGUCCAAGUGUCAGCUAAGACCAAUGAUGAUGUCCAGGUGUCAGCUAAGACUAAUGAUGAUGUUCAGGUGUCAGCUAAGAACAAGGAUGAUGUCCAAGUGUCAGCUAAGACCAAUGAUGAUGUCCAGGUGUCAGCUAAGACCAAGGACGAUGUCCAAGUGUCAGCUAAGAACAAGGAUGAUGUCCAAGUGUCAGCUAAGACUAAUGAUGAUGUUCAGGUGUCAGCUAAGAACAAGGAUGAUGUCCAAGUGUCAGCUAAGACCAAGGACGAUGUCCAAGUGUCAGCUAAGACCAAGGAUGAUGCCCAAGUGUCAGCUAAGACCAAGGACGAUGCCCAAGUGUCAGCUAAGACCAAGGAUGAUGCCCAAGUGUCAGAUAAGACCAAGGACGAUGUCCAAGUGUCAGCUAAGAACAAGGAUGAUGUCCAAGUGUCAGCUAAGACCAAGGACGAUGUCCAAGUGUCAGCUAAGACCAAGGAUGAUGCCCAAGUGUCAGCUAAGACCAAGGAUGAUGCCCAAGUGUCAGCUAAGACCAAGGAUGAUGCCCAAGUGUCAGCUAAGACCAAGGAUGAGAUGCAGGUGUCAGCUAAGACCAAGGAUAAUGCCCAAGAGUCAGCUAAGACCAAGGAUGAUGCCCAAGUGUCAGCUAAGACCAAGGAUGCCCAGGUGUCAGCUAAGAACAAGGAUGAUGCCCAAGUGUCAGCUAAGACCAAGGAUGAUGCCCAAGUGUCAGCUAAAACUAAGGAUAAUGCCCAAGAGUCAGCUAAGACCAAGGAUGAGAUGCAGGUGUCAGCUAAGACCAAGGAUAAUGCCCAGGUGUCAGCUAAAACCAAGGAAGGUGCCCAGGUGUCAGCUAAAACCAAGGAAGAUGCCCAGGUGUCAGCUAAAACCAAGGAAGAUGCCCAGGUGUCAGCUAAGACCAAGGAAGAUGUCCAGGUGUCAGCUAAGACUAAGGAAGAUGCCCAAGUGUCAGCUAAGACCAAGGAUAAUGCCCAAGAGUCAGCUAAGACCAAGGAUGAUGCCCAAGUGUCAGCUAAGACCAAGGAUGAGAUGCAGGUGUCAGCUAAGACCAAGGAUAAUGCCCAGGUGUCAGCUAAGAACAAGGAUGAUGCCCAAGUGUCAGCUAAGACCAAGGAUGAUGCCCAAGUGCAGCUAAAACUAAGGAUAUGCCCAAGAGAAGAUGCCCAAGUGUCAGCUAAGACUAAGGAAGAUGCCCAAGUGUCAGCUAAGACUAAGGAAGAUGUCCAGGUGUCAGCUAAGACUAAAGAAGAUGCCCAAGUGUCAGCCAAGACCAAGGAAGAUGCCCAAGUGUCAGCUAAGACUAAGGAAGAUGCCCAAGUGUCAGCUAAGACUAAGGAAGAUGUCCAGGUGUCAGCUAAGACUAAGGAAGAUGCCCAGGUGUCAACUAAGACUAAGGAAGAUGUCCAAGUAGCUAAGACUAAGGAAGAUGCCCAGGUGUCAGCUAAGACCAAGGAAGAUGCCCAGGUGUCAACUAAGACUAAGGAAGAUGCCCAGGUGUCAGCUAAGACUAAGGAAGAUGCCCAAGUGUCAGCUAAGACUAAGGAAGAUGCCCAGGUGUCAGCUAAGACUAAGAAGAUGCCCAGGUCUAAGACUAAGGAAGAUGCCCAGGUGUCAGCUAAGACUAAGGAAGAUGCCCAGGUGUCAACUAAGACUAAGGAAGAUGCCCAGGUGUCAGCUAAGACCAAGGAAGAUGCCCAGGUGUCAGCUAAGACCAAGGAAGAUGCCCAGGUGUCAGCUAAGACUAAGAAAGAUGCCCAGGUGUCAGCUAAGACUAAGAAAGAUGCCCAGGUGUCAACUAAGACUAAGAAAGAUGCCCAGGUGUCAGCUAAGAAUAAGAAAGAUGCCCAGGUGUCAGCUAAGACCAAGGAAGAUGUCCAAGUGUCAGCUAAGACCAAGGAAGAUGCCCAGGUGUCAGCUAAGACCAAGGAAGAUGUCCAGGUGUCAGCUAAGACUAAGGAAGAUGCCCAGGUGUCAGCUAAGACUAAGAAAGAUGCCCAGGUGUCAGCUAGACCAAGGAAGCCCAGGUGUCAACUAAGACUAAGGAAGAUGCCCAGGUGUCAGCUAAGACCAAGGAAGAAGCCCAGGUCUAAGACCAAGGAAGAUGUCCAGGUGUCAGCUAAGACUAAGGAAGAUGCCCAGGUGUCAGCUAAGACCAAGGAAGAUGCCCAGGUGUCAGCUAAGACCAAGGAAGAUGCCCAGGUGUCAGCUAAGACCAAGGAAGAUGCCCAGGUGUCAACUAAGACUAAGGAAGAUGCACAGGUGUCAGCUAAGACUAAGAAAGAUGCCCAGGUGCAGCUAAGACCAAGGAAGAUGCCCAGGUACCAAAGGAAAGAUGCCCAGGUGUCAAAAGCUAAGACCAAGGAAGAUGCCCUGGUGUCAGCUAAGACCAAGGAAGAUGCCCAGGUGUCAGCUAAGACCAAGGAGAUGCCAGUGUCACCUAAGACCAAGGAAGAUGCCCAGGUGUCAGCUAAGACCAAGAGAAGAUGCCCUGGUCUAAGACCAGAUGCCAGGUGUCAGCUAAGACCAAGGAAGAUGCCAGGUGUCAAUAAGACAGAGGAAGAUGCCCAGGUGUCAGCUAAGACCAAGGAAGAUGCCCAGGUAUCAGCUAAGACCAAGGAAGAUGCCCAGGUGUCAGCUAAGACCAAGGAAGAUGCCCAGGUGUCAGCUAAGACCAAAGGAAGAUGCUGGAGUGUGUCCAUUGAUAGAUCUGUUAUCGACAUUAAUCUGAGCAACAAGAAGAAGAUUAGUGCUGCCGUUUCCAGUGAUGCUAAAGGUCAAAACAAUCCCGGUUUACCCUCCAAGAGUUCACCCGACGACACGGGUAAAAUUAUUUCAACGGUCAAGAAAAGUGAGGAAUCAAAGAGGAGGGAACACAGAGAAAUGCAUAAGAAUAAAAGAUCCCACAAUGAAAGUAAAGAUAACAAACAAAAGAGAAAAUCUGACACCAAGACUCAUAAGAGACACAAAAAUGACAACAAGAAUUCAAAAGAAAAUUCGGCCACAUCAAAAUCAAAGAAGAAAUCCAUAGAUAAGGAGGAUGGCGAGGAGCACCGUCACCGGGCUCGACCGUUGGCGUCCGGGACGUCGUCGCCAUCCGGUAACGGCUCGUCAAAAUCUUCAAAACGCUCAUCCGGAGGGACGGCGUCAACUACGAGGUCCUCGCAACACAAACCUAAAACUAAUAUCAAGAAAAGGAGGUCGAGCAAGAGCUCCGGUCGAACCAACUCGCGCAAUCGUGCGGAGAGGACAAAGAUUACGCCAUUGGGCUCGGCCCACCAGGCGUCAACUCCGCCAGUGGCGUCACACGACGCCGAAGUGCCAUUGGCAAGAAAGUUCCAAAGGGUGACACGCAGGACGAAGGCCAGAACUGCACUGCGGAGGAGAAGUCACACUCGGUGGCGUCGGCAACCUCGAAAAACUCCCCCGUUAAUUCCGAAAGCCGGGCCGAAAGCUUUGCCGUCCAUCCCUGUCAUCGACCUAGACAGUGACAGCAGUACGGACGAGAGUAAAACCCUUCCCAGUAAAAAGAACGCCGCCACGAGCAAACCGGCCGAGGUUCCCGACGACACGAGUCCAAAGUCGAAAGAAAACGUCAGAGUUGAAGAUGUGAUCGCUGAGGGAAACAUGACUAAGAAGACCUCAGCUCCUGAUAUGCAACAGAAGGAGAAACAGGGAGAUGACACUACCCAACAGAAGGAGAAACAGGGAGAUGACACUACCCAACAGAAGGAGAAGCAAGGAGAUGACACUACCCAACAGAAGGAGAAACAGGGAGAUGACACUACCCAACAGAAGGAGAAACAGGGAGAUGACACUACCCAACAGAAGGAGAAGCAAGGAGAUGACACUACCCAACAGAAGGAGAAACAGGGAGAUGACACUACCCAACAGAAGGAGAAACAAGGAGAUGACACUACCCAACAGAAGGAGAAACAGGGAAAGGAGAAACAGGGAGAUGACACUACCCAACAGAAGGAGAAGCAAGGAGAUAACAGAGUAGAGACACCGAGCCGGCCGUCAAAGGUACUCAAAGCCAGAGAAGCCACACCAACUGACUUCGACAAGGUGAUGCGACAGAUCUUCGGAGAGGAUAAAAUCACUACCGACUCUAAGAAGAAGAAGAAAAAGAAGAAGAAGAAGAAAAGAAUUGAUCCGAGCGCCAUCGCCACCAAAGACACGAAGACGGAUAAAGAAAUCGCCGAAAGCGGAGAAAAAGUCCCAAGUCAUCGGACAAAGAGAGUCCCAAGUCAUCGAAAAGAAAAGUCCCAAGUCAUCGAGAAGAAGAGUCCUAAGUCAUCGGACAAUGAAAAGAGUCCUAAGUCAUCGGAGAAGAAGAGUCCUAAGUCAUCGGACAAAGAAAAGAGUCCUAAGUCAUCGGAGAAGAAGAGUCCUAAGUCAUUGGACAAAGAAAAGAGUCCCAAGUCAUCAGAGAAGAAGAGUCCUAAGUCAUCGGACAAUGAAAAGAGUCCUAAGUCAUCAGAGAAGAAGAGUCCUAAGUCAUCGGACAAUGAAAAGAGUCCUAAGUCAUCAGAGAAGAAGAAGAAGAAGAGUCCUAAGUCAUCGGACAAUGAAAAGAGUCCUAAGUCAUCGGAGAAGAAGAGUCCUAAGUCAUUGGACAAAGAAAAGAGUCCUAAGUCAUCGGACAAGAAAAGUGAAAAAUCAUCGGCCAAGGAAAAACCCACCGUCGCUAAGGACAAGUCACAUCGUAAAUCCAAGGAAAAUGGCCGUGAACUGUCAUCUUCCCGUCUCUUAACAUCCAAGAAAUCCGACGGUGGUAGACGGCAGAAGUCACCCCAGAGGUCAUUGUGUAGGGAACAGACACGAGGUUCAUUGGCUGACAGAAAGAGUCCAGAAUCGCAAGCAGAGAUUCAGAAAUCAGAUGAAAAUAAGGCCCCAAAAUCAGAUGAAAAUAAAGCCCCAAAAUCAGUUGAAAAUAAGGCCCCAAAAUCAGAUGAAAAUAAGGUCACAAAAUCAGAUGAAAAUAAGUCCCAAAAUCAGAUGAAAAUAAGAUUCAUCGGGCGAGGGAAAGAUUCAAGAUUUAUCGAAGCAGAGAAAGAUUCAAGAUUUAUCGAGCGAGAGAAAGAUUCAAGAUUUAUCGAGCAGAGAAAAGAUUCAAGAUUCAUCGAGCAAGGAAAGAUUCAAGAUUUAUCGAAGAGAAAGGUUCAAGAUUUAUCGAAACGAGAGAAAGAUUCAAGAUUCAUCGAGCGAGGGAAAGAUUCAAGAUUUAUCGAAGCGAGAAAGAUUCAAGAUUUAUCGAAGCGAGAGAAAGAUUCAAGAUUUAUCGAGCGAGGGAAAGAUUCAAGAUUCAUCGAACGAGAGAAAGAUUCAAGAUUUAUCGAGCGAGAGAAAGAUUCAAGAUUCAUCGAGCGAGGGAAAGAUUCAAGAUUCAUCGAGCGAGGGAAAGAUUCAAGAUUCAUCGAGCGAGGGAAAGAUUCAAGAUUCAUCGAGCGAGAGAAAGAUUCAAGAUUUAUCGAGCGAGAGAAAGAUUCAAGAUUUAUCGAACCCAAAGAAAAAGGUUACGGAUCACAUCGGUCGGGCGAGGAGAGGAAGCGGGAUCCGUCGCAUAAGGAGAAAUCCCACGAAUCGGACGAGAAAAAGAAUCGCAGAGGGAGGAAUCGGCAAUCGUCAAACUCCCCGAGGAAGGAAGAGAAGAGGGAAUCAUCGAGUGUAGGAAGCCGAGAAUCAUCAUGCUCGUCGAAGAAGGACAACAGAGAAUCGUCGUCGGGUAAGGAAAGGCGUUCGGCGUCGUCGAAAAGAGAGACUAAGACCUCGCCGGGAUCAUCGAGAAAGGACGAUAAUAAAGCAUCGAUAAAGGUAGGAAAUGAAGAAUCUUGUAAGGACGGUAGCCAGAAAUUGUUGAGUAAAAAGGACAGAGGUCGUCAAUCAUCCAGUAAAGAAAGUAGUCAGAAAUCGUCAGCAAAAGAAAGUAGCCACAAAUCGUCAGCAAAAGAAAGUAGUCAGAAAUCGUCAGCAAAAGAAAGUAGCCACAAAUCGUCAGCAAAAGAAAGUAGCCACAAAUCGUCAGCAAAAGAAAGUAGCCACAAAUCGUCAGCAAAAGAAAGUAGCCACAAAUCAUCAAGUAAAGACAGGACAACAGAAUCGAGUGGGGAGAAGAGCCACAAAUCAUCAAGCAGUAAAGAGAGGAGAAAAGAAUCAUCAUCGAGUAAGAGAGGAAGUCAGAAACCAUCGAAGGGAGAGAGUCGCGAAUCUGAGGACGAUCGUAAACCAGCGACCGAAGAAAACAACAAAGGCUCCUCAUCAGCGGAAGGCAAGAACGACAAACCCGGCGGAGAUAGAGGAAACACGUGUCACCGCUCGGUUAGUAUGGGGUCGGGCGAGGACGUCGUACGAGAUGCGUCGACGGGCGAGGGAGAGGAGGCCGAGUGCGUGUUCUCGGCGGAGGAGACGAUUCGCAUUUCUCGGCUCGACGCGGGAAAGAUCGGCGGAGACAACGACAGUGGAAAGACCGAGGGGGAGGAGAAGGACUCGUCGGAGGAUGGAAAAUCGAGCUCGGCAACGGAGAAGGUGGAGAAACUACCAAACGGCGACGAUUAUCCCUCCAGUGAGGAGCUAGGCGGUAAGAUCCUCCUCAUCACUAAAGAUACGAGCAAGUGCCUUAAACGUAAGAGUCACGUGAGUCGAUGGGAUGUCGUCGACGUGGCAAAAAUCGGAGAGACGCCGCCGAAGAAGAGGUGCCGAUGGGAUAUGGUUGAGAAGCCAGAGAUGAGAGAGGGGAGCAGCCACGGCAAAGUUGAUAAACCCGGUGAAAAUCCAUCCGUACCCCAGUACACCCCCAGUCCGGUAUCGUCGACGGACAAAAAGGGUAAAAAGAACCCGUCAAAGAGCGCCCUCGACCUUUUAUUUGAGUCGACUGCGAUCCUGAAAGAACUAGAGGAAUCCCAAUGCAGGUUAAGAGAUCCUUCAGGUAAACCGGGAACAGCGGAGGAACAGUACACCCCACUGCCAAUAUCCAGAGGAAGCGUGAAGAAGUCUUUCGGCCGAGAAAAAUCCGACCUCGAGUGUGAUCCGGACUGUAAGAAGAGGGAAACACUCGCCUCAGAAUACAAACCUCAUUCGAUCUCCAAGAGGACUCAAGAUCCGGAAUAUGAGCCCCAGUCUGUGGAGAAAGUCUCGUCAGAAUUAGAGUAUAAACCUCGGUCAAUUAGUAAACAAACCUCGAAGCCCAAGUACGAACCUCAAGCAAUCAUUAAACGAUCCUCGAAAGGGUCCACAAGGCCUGAAUAUGAACCCAAGUCUCUCAACAAAGGGUCCACAAGGCCUGAAUAUGAACCCAAGUCUCUCAAUAAAGGGUCCACAAGGCCUGAAUAUGAACCCAAGUCUCUCAACAAAGGGUCCACAAAACCUGAAUAUGAACCCAAGUCUCUCAAUAAAGGGUCCACAAAACCUGAAUAUGAACCCAAGUCUCUCAACAAAGGGUCCACAAAACCUGAAUAUGAACCCAAGUCUAUCAAUAAAGGGUCCACAAAACCUGAAUAUGAACCCAAGUCUAUCAAUAAAGGGUCCACAAGGCCUGAAUAUGAACCCAAGUCUAUCAAUAAAGGGUCCACAAGGCCUGAAUAUGAACCCAAGGUCCAUAAACCUGAAUAUGAACCCAAGUCUAUCAAUAAAGGGUCCACAAAACCUGAAUAUGAACCCAAGUCUAUCAACAAAGGGUCCACAAAACCUGAAUAUGAACCCAAGUCUAUCAAUAAAGGGUCCACAAAACCUGAAUAUGAACCCAAGUCUCUCAACAAAGGGUCCACAAAACCUGAAUAUGAACCCAAGUCUCUCAACAAAGGGUCCACAAGGCCUGAAUAUGAACCCAAGUCUCUCAAUAAAGGGUCCACAAGGCCUGAAUAUGAACCCAAGUCUAUCAAUAAAGGGUCCACAAGGCCUGAAUAUGAACCCUACUCCGUACAAAGUUCUGUUUUGGCCGAGAAUGAUAACAGCAGUGGCGUUAAUCUUCAGAACAAGCAACAAAGCAGUGAUGAAUCAGAGGAGGUGAACAGCCCACCUGAUGUGUACGUACCCAAGCCACUCUCAACGGAAAACAUUGUGAAGGAAUACAUACCCAAGCCCGUGUAUCUACCGACUAGUAACGUGGAUGGGGAGGACGAGUACAGCCCCCGUCCUAUCGGCCUCGACAAACCGACGCCGGAAUACAUACCGAGCGGGAUAUGGGAGUCACACUCGAGGACUACCCUGGCGGUCGAGCGCGACGAGGAAUACGUGCCGUUGCCGCCAAAAAACUUGCCUCUGGCCAGCAACCAGUCAACAGAUAGCGAGGGGGAAAUUUCUUCAACGUCCCCCCAAAUGGAUAAGGAUUUUCAGUCGAGUCCUCCGGUAGGUUCAUUGUCAUCGUCUAUGCCGGUGAGCACGUCAGUUGUACCGUCGUCGUGUCCGGCGGCCGUUACCGGUCCCUACACGCUGCCGACCCACACAGCGGACAAGAUCACCCCGGGGUUUUAUAGAGAACAGGGCAGCAACGACGGUAACCGGGGGAACCAGAGCCAGAAGUCGGGAAAGGGAGGAGCACCGUCCAAGAGCCAGAGACAGGCGCCGUCUAAGAACGAAGCCGGGAAGCAGAAGACCAAGCCGCCAAAACCCGGAUCUAGUCAAGGCAGCAGUAAGACCCUCAUGUACGUUCCUCCGCCGCCCACCUACGACACGAUAGUCUCCACCCUGGGCUGCUAUAACAUCCCAGAAGUCGCUCAUCCUCCUGCAUUUUGCAGCAAGCCAGGCGACGUUCCCGCCAAGCCGGUGGAAGUCGGAGGUCAGGUUUUGAAGCUGAAAUCGAGAGUUACGUCAGAUUUGGAAGAUUUUGAGGGACGUUUUCAAGAGGACGGUUUAUACAACUGGCGGCUGUUGCUCAGCACCUUGAGUUCAGAGGCGAACGUACCGGCGAGUCGCCAAUCUUCCAUUCUGGAUAACCGAGAAAAAACCAAAUAUUGUGUGUUAACGCCGGUCAAGCCGCCGCCUUCACCCGAGGAAGUCAUCAAGUGGACCAAGGCUCGUAAGAUACUGGAGGCCAUAAAGAAGGACCGCGACGGGAAGGACGAAGACGACGGCGGUCCUCCCUCGUCGUGGAAAGGACAAAAGAACAUAACGUGUGGCAGUAAAGGCCACGCCUCCAAGACCUCCGCCACGACGCCCAGCCAAGAUAAAGGUACACACAGAGACUCCUCCGGCGGACAGAGUCGUUCUCGGUCGGCAGGAUCCGCCGGCGACCACCUGCUGAAGACCAGUACCCCACAACCCAAGAAACACUCCACUCUGGAUGUGUUACACCUCACGCCAAUAGGACGCGUCGCGAGCCCCGGCGCUACGGAAGACGGGACGACUCCGGUCUCCUCGUCGCGGCCUCGGAGAAGCGGGACGAAGCGGAGAGUGUCGUGGGAAGGAGAGGAAUCGAGGGCUAAAAUCUCCCCAGUUAUUUCCAAGAAGAGGAGAGCGUCCUAUGAGGGUCUCGCUCCUCUCGACGAAGAAUCGGAAGAUGAGCCGACCCCCGAGAGGAAGUUAUACUCAAAGAGGAGAGUAUCCUUCGAGGGGUUAGCAUUAAAGCCCUCGGCAGCAGCGGAAGGAGAGGAGGCACCUUCGGGGAGCCGUGCAGCGGACGAGCAGGAAGACCCCGAGGGACCUACACGUAAGAAGCUCAAAGAAAAAGAUCCAGAAACUGCUCCUCCCCCUCCGCCGGCGUCCACCUCUGGAGGCCGUGAUCAAGAUAUCGGAUACGGAGAGAAGAAUCGCCCCAAACCGUCGGAAAUAACGAAGGACGACGACGACAGCUACGUUGACGCCACCCAACCCCUGCCGUCACCCGUCACUCUCUCAUUAACGUCCAGGAUAAGCAGCAGCCAGCCGUCCAGCAGCGACGCCUCCCUCCGACGCCAGCUGAUGAACACCCAGUUCCGACAGCAGUUCCUGAGCUUCUCCCAAGGCCAGAGGUCGUUUUCGCAGUCAAUAGAUGGACCGUCUCUCAACAACACAUUUGGCUUUAAGUUCUCCAACCACAACCUGUAUGAGGCCAAGGCUCUGCAUGAGCACGAGUUCCUCACCGUAAUGUGCAUCGAGUGUCACGUUACAACAAGACCGCAACUCUUACCCGACCCCGUGCUGGAUCCUAUCUCUGCCAUCGUCUUCACCAUCAUUCAAGACGUGCCAGCCUCUCACCCGACUCCUCAGAGGCUUAAAGGUGCGAUCCUAGUGAGCAACGGCAGGUGUGAUCUGGUAACGAGGACAGGUAUGACGGAUCUGUCCGUGCUUCACGUGGACGACGAGACGAGCCUUCUUGAGGAGACCGUCGGGCUCGUUAGUACCUGGGACCCCGAUAUGCUCGUGGGUUAUGAGGUGCAAAUGUCGUCGUGGGGCUACGUGCUGGAGAGGGGAGUGGCCCUGGGGUUGGAGAUGGUGUCGCGUCUCUCUAGGGUCCCCGAGGGCACCGCCAGCCACCACGACGAGGAGCUGGACGAGUACGGGGCCGACCAGACCUCCCAGAUACACAUGACGGGCAGGAUAGUCCUUAACGUGUGGAGGCUGAUGAGGUCUGAGGUUACACUGCUGAGCUACACGCUGGAUAAUGUUGCAUACCACGUCCUGCACACCCGAGUUCCCUCCUUCUCCCACGACACACUCAGACAAUGGUGGACCCAGGACACUACUAGGUGGCGCACUCUGGAACAUUACCUCAAUCGGUGUCACUAUACCAUCGAUCUUCUCCACCGACUUGACCUGAUUCACCGAACGGCUGAACUGGCCAGACUGUUUGGCAUCCAGUUCUACGAUGUGCUGUCGCGUGGGACUCAGUACCGAGUUGAGUCGAUGAUGCUCCGACUGGCCCGGGGCUCCAACAUGGUUUCCAUAUCACCCAGCAUCCAGCAGAGAGGAGCCAUGAAAGCGCCCGAGUGGAUUGCUCUCACCAUGGAGCCGCAAUCGAGAUUCUACACAGACCCAGUGGUAGUAUUGGACUUCCAGAGCCUCUACCCCUCCAUAAUGAUCGCCUACAACUACUGUUACUCGACCUGCCUCGGCCGCGUCAAUCUGGUCGACAGCCCCCAACCCAUAGAGUUUGGAGCGACUUAUUUGCACCUAAACCCCAAGGAAAUUGCCGAGUGUGUUGAUGAGAUGAACGUGUCGCCCUGUGGUGUGGCGUUCGUCCCACGUAGAGUGAGACACGGCGUCCUUCCCAGGAUGCUGGAGGAGAUUCUCAACACUCGGCUCAUGGUGAAACGCAUGAUGAAGGUGUACAAGAACGACUCGUCCUUACAGCGCGUCCUACACUCCCGACAGCUGGGGCUGAAACUCAUCGCUAACGUCACGUACGGCUACACCAGCGCCAACUUCUCCGGUCGUAUGCCGUGUCCUGAGAUCGGAGACAGCGUCGUGAGUAAAGGUCGGGAGACACUAGAACGAAGCAUCCAGCUCGUUAACUCCCAUCCAUCGUGGGACGCGAAGGUCGUCUACGGGGACACGGACUCGCUCUUCGUGCACCUGCCGGGGAGGACGAAGGAACAGGCGUUUAAGAUUGGUUACGAGAUCGCUCACCAGGUCACCCAGAUGUAUCCCAAACCAAUCAAGCUUAGGUUCGAGAAGGUGUAUUUACCUUGUAUUUUACAGACAAAGAAGCGAUACGUCGGCCACAUGUACGAGACUGCUGACCAAACAGAGCCCGAGUUCGACGCCAAGGGUAUUGAGACAGUGAGGAGGGAUGGAUGCCCAGCUGUGUCCAAGAUCCUGGAGAAGUCGCUACGUCUGCUGUUCGAGAGCAAGGACGUGUCGCAGGUGAAGGCGUACGUACAGCGUCAGUUCCUGAAGCUCCUCCAGGGCCGCGCAACCCUCCAAGACCUAACGUUCGCCAAGGAGUACAGGGGGGCCAGGGGCUACAGGCCGGGAGCAUGUGUGCCGUCCCUGGAACUGACGAGACAGUGGCUCCGCAGAGACAGACGAAAGGAGCCUCGAUCGGGCCAACGCGUCCCGUACGUGAUCGUGUACGGGGCUCCGGGGCUGCCUCUCAUCCAGCUGGUGCGUUCGCCCGACGUGGUAAUGGCCAACCCGGCCCUCCGCAUCAACUCCAUGUACUACAUCACCAGAGCCAUCCUGCCCCCACUGGACAGAUGCUUCUCUCUCUUGGGAGUUGAUGUUAAUGUGUGGUACAGUGACCUACCAAGACCCUCUUCUUCUGCCACCACCGCCCUGGCAGUAGAGGCCGCGGGGACUUACGGAGGUGCGACCGCUGCGGGGAUGUACACCGGCGGCCGUAAUAUCUCUAUAGCACGUUACUUCACCCCAUCUGCCUGCGUGUCUUGCGGGGCGGCCACAACGUUACCUGGCCAAGGCGGUGGACUGUGUGUCGACUGUAAGACUAAUCCUCAACUGACGGUUAUCAAUCUCAGUGAAAAGAUUCGUAACUAUGAGAGAGCGGUGAAUCACAUCCACAAGAUAUGUGAAACUUGCCUCGGCUGCCGUUUACAAGACGUCGAGUGCAUAUCGGUGGACUGCCCCAUCACCUUCCGACGAACCCAAGCCAGACGUGAUCUACAGCUCGCCUCCCAGCUCCAGGACGUAGUGGCAGCCGUUACCGACACGAGCCGACGUCAAUGACACAACAAACAUUUGCCCUACGAGUAUUAAGAGUGUACACAAGGGGUCGUCGAAACUAGACUGCCCGGGUUGUGAUCGGUCGUAAAUUAGGAUCCCCGCAGCCCAUUUCGACGACCCCAUGGGAUUUUGGUAUUUUAUUUGCCGGGAUCUAAACCAAAACUGAAGCAAUAUAGAUAUUUUACACAAAAUAAUAGUAUUUGAUGGAAAUAAAUAAACACUGUUCCCUUACUAGUAUUAUAACCAGUUGAUAAAUGUUAAUGAUAUAUAAUGCUCAUGUGUUUUGGUGUAUUUUAUAACUUUAUAUGUACGGCCACGAGGAGCAGAUGAGAGGGAAACUAUAAUUGAAUUUUGAUGAGAAAGAAAUGUCAGAACUUUGUGUGUGUUGUGUGUACUGACAUAUUGUUUAAAACUCUUCGUGUAUACAGUAAGAAUCUCAAAAUUAUUCCCAGACGUACAGUACAGUUAUGUAUCUUGUUCACCGAUGUUCAAAUUGGGGUUUAUGAAUUUACAAAACUCAGAAUGUGAUUUUUUACGGAACUGCUCGACACAUCAACAGAGUUCUCCUGCACCACUGGGGAAAAACAGAAAUUUGUCUCCCAUAUUUCCCAGUCAGGAAUUAAGGUAAAAAUUUGUAAGAUUUUUUAAACUGGCCAAAAAAGAAAUAGUAUACAGUAUUUGAGGAUUUUUCCCACAGUUUUUGUUGUUGUUUUUUACCGUUGGAUGUUACCCACAGUUUAAAGCUCAUUGUAAAACUGAGUUCUGUUUAUAGUGAAUAGUUUGUCUUCACUGGCUGGGGUAGGAUGAUGGAUAAUGCCUCAUGUGACGUUAAUAACACCUGGCAUGUAAGGUCUUGUGGGAAUCUCAGCAUUUUGAUGAUAAUUAUGAAAGAUUUCAAUGAUAUUUCUACUUACCUUUAGUUCUUAAGUUUUUAUAUGUAAUAACCGGCAUUCACUAUUAUUCAUUUUACACACAGUUAAGUACCUUGUAUAUAUAUAUAUGUAUCAGUAUCCAAAGGUGCGGCGUCGAUCUCAGGAUUAAGCAGUUGAGCUGUCCGCACGUCUCUCCAUCUCACUACUGGACUCUGUUAACACGAGACGUCGGUAAUAAACUGAUAUUUUGCCGUUGUUGGCGAUAAAACUGUCUUAGGUGACGAUGGAGGAUGUAUAUAUUUUUUUUUCUACCCCCUCCCCCAGCCCCGUCCCCUCUAAUUGUGUUAUGUAUUUGCUCUAUGGCGUAGUAAAGGCGCACACGAAGUCAUGACCCCCCGCCUACGCUCCUCUUCCCGCACUGUGUUGAGGACGCUCAGUAGCCGCUCACUAUUGAUCUCAACUUGUGUAUGGAAAUUUAUCAAGAAAACUGUUUCCCUGUUUAUUCAUGUUUUUUUGUUGUUUUUUUUGGGUGUAUUAUAGAUGUAACGCGUUUAUGUAUAGUUCACACGUAUGUUUACUUGGAGUUAAUCCCGAGAUUUUUCCUUUCCUGUAUAGGGUUACCGAUGUUGUAUAUGUUUAUACUGUAUAAUGUUGGAGUGGAUAUACUUUUACAUAUAUGGUGACAUUUAUUAAGUUCUUUACAUUAUUGGUUAGGUUAGCUUAGGUUAGGUUAGCUUAGGUUAGGUUAGCUUAGGUUAGGUUUACAAUCCAAGAGAUGUUUUGGGAUUGUUUGUUAUUAUGGUAAUUUAUUCUCAGAGAAAACUUCGGAGUUAAAGACCUGUACAUUUUUGAGUUUUAUACAAAUAUAUUAUAUAUGUUACUUAUUACCAUGAUUUAUAAGGUGGGGCGAGGUGUAACCCAGUUGUAGUGACUCCUAACCUAACCAUAAAGUCCUGAUGAUCACUGGGCCAGGUUAAGACUCGUUAACACUGGGGUUAUGCUUCACCGAUCGCCGCCAUCAUACGUUAUCAAUAAUUCCUGAAUACAAUUGUGUAUAUAUGUAUAUUUAUCCCUGUUUGUAACUCGCCCAUCGGCUGUUAAUCCUUAAACAGCGGCCAUCGUCGGAGGCUGUGGGGACAACGGCCAUCAGCUGAGCAGAGUAGAAUACGAUAGCUUCUGUUUAAGGGUUCAACUGUGGCUGUGGAGUAACCUUUGUUUUUCCCUUCCAAUCAUCAGUUUACAGUUAUAUGUUCCAUGUUAUAGUACAAAUGUAGUUUACGAAUGCGUUUGUUUUCCGUCGGCGGGCCUCGUGUCGGUGAGUGAUUAUGCCGAGCGCGGAGACAGGCCGUUGCUUUUGUUUGUCUAGCUAGGAGGAGGACGGUAAGAGUCUACUCAUGUGUAUAUCAAAUGUUGGUUGAUUUUUGAGGUUGAUGUCCGCCAAAAGAGGAUUGAUGAACGAUCUUGUGGUUUCAUUUGGUUGAUUUUUGAGGUUGAUGUCCGCCAAAAGAGGAUUGAUGAACGAUCUUGUGGUUUCAUUUGUCGCAUUUUUUUUUCUUCUCCUCUGCCUCUUUUUAUUCUUCCUCUUUUAAUCAUCUUUUGCUUUUACCUCUUGUUUUAUGGAUCUAAAACUGGGGUCCUCUUCUCACACUCUCUUGGAAAUAUUUGUCAUGUGAUAAAGAGGUCGUGCCUAUCAACCCAACCCGACCCAACCAAACCCGACCCGACCGAACCUAAACCUGACCUAAACCUAACCAUCUAGCAGAGAAUGUUAGUUGGCUUCUGCUAUAAAAAAAGACAUUAUGUUUUAGGGUUCGGUGGACGUCACAGAAUCAACACAUCAUCAUUAGUUUCAUUAUAUACAUAAGGUGUAGGGCAGCCUCCCCAGUUUAUUUUGCUUGAUGAUUGAACAACCUAAUCUAACCUCAUCUAACCCCUCUUGUACUAAACUAACCUAACCUGACCUGACCUAAUUUUACCCAUCCUAACCUAACCUGUCCUUACUUAUCCUAACCUAAUCUAAUCUAACCCCUCUUGAACAAAACUAACCUCACCUACCCAACCUCCUCCCCACCCUCCCCUCCCUCCCCUCCCUCCCCAUAGGUAGCACUAAGGAGUUAAUUCGCAGGAUAAAAUAAACCGGGGUGGCUAUUCUUCAUGUGAUCCAUAACCAGACGCUGAGAGAUAGGAGAAUGAACUGUUCGAGUAAGAAGACAUUUUUCAUUUGUUUUUGUUUUUAAGUUACGAUUACUUCCCCAAAACAAACUUCAUUGAUAUUUACGUUAGGUGAAUAAGCUCGUGGAAGAGAUUAACUCACGGUGUUUUAAAUAAGAGUUACAGGUUUGUUUUAAAAAGCUUGGGUGUUUGUUUGUUUUUCUUCGUCCAUUACCCUUACGAAACUACUGAUAAUUCUUGUUUUAAUUUUUGUUUAACUUGAUUGUGAUUAAAUUGUAGACAUGUGUACAGUACCUGAAUAUUUACACCCUUAUUGAUAUCUAGUUGGAGCUCAUUUGAUUGUGUUAAUUUGAAUUUAUAUAUUAAAAUUAUUUGUUUAUGUCAGAAUGAAUCUUAAGUGGAAGUAUUUGAUGAUUUUUAACUUGAAUUUUGAACAUUUGAUUACGCCAAAGUAAUCGUCAAAAUACUCGACCAAUUCGCCACAAAGUCAGGUUACAAUUUUCUUUCUUUCGAUCAUAAGCACAUUAUUGACCCAACCUCAAAUCCUUAAACUUAUCCAAAGUGACAUAAGUCUUCUGAAAGUGUUCCAUUUAUUUACGAUCUACAAUAUUUAAUCCAAUAACCCGUCGGUCCCUCAUCCGAUUAUCACCUUGGGUUACAAAUUAUCUCUGAGAGUCUUUAUCGCCACCGAAGGCUAUUUAGUUGGUUGAAUGUUGUCGUUUGCGUCUUAGAGGUAUGUGGUUUGUUUGUUUUGCCUAGUUGACAGGUUUCUCCUUCGCCAAUAUAACACAAGUACAAUUUUGUUUGCAAUUUAUCCAUAGUUAUUUGUUUAGUCUCUUAAUAUAUUUGGGAUUUAUUUGUAGGAGAAGAAUGAUUUUGAGGUGUGUGUGUGUGUGUGUGUGUGUGUGUGUGUGUGUGUGUGUGUGUGUGUGUUGGUGUCACAAUGUGAUAAAGUGUAAUGUGAUUGGUCAGUGUGAUCCUUGGACAAAACUAUCACAGAUGUUUGUGUUAUCCUUGGACAAAACUACAGCUGUCAGUAUGUACCACGGACAAAACUACAGCUGUCAGUACGUACCUCGGACAAAACUACAGCUGUCAGUACGUACCACAGACUAAACUACAGCUGUCAGUACGUUCAUAAUUACCUGACCAUAUUGCAGUCUUAUGUGUACACUAUGCAAAAACUUGUAAAUAUAUAAUAAUAAUAAUAAUAAUAAUAAUAAUAAUAUGUACAGAAAAAGUAUUUAUGAAUGUUUAUGGUGUAACUUUUGUACUGUUGAAUAAAACUAUCAUGAUUUUUGUAA